AUGGCCCCCGUGGAAACACAGCAGUAUGACUACAUUGUCCUAGGCGGUGGUAGCGGUGGCAGUGGAAGUGCUCGCCGUGCAGCCGGUUGGUAUGGUAAGAAGACCUUGAUCGUGGAAAGCGGACGGUCCGGAGGUACCUGUGUCAACGUUGGCUGUGUGCCUAAGAAAAUGACCUGGAACUUCGCAACCAUUAACGAGAUGCUGCACAUUGGCAAGAGCUAUGGCUAUGACAUUCCUGAUAACAUCGCUAUUGACUACACCCACUUCAAGAACACCCGUGACGCCGUUAUAAAGCGACUGAAUGGCGCAUACGAGCGCAACUGGAACCGGGAAGGAAUUGAUCUCGUGCAGGGUCGUGCUGGCUUCGUUGAACCUCAAACCAUUGAGGUCAAGCUAGCUGACGGCUCCGGUACUGCCCGCUACACUGCGCCGCACAUCCUCUUGGCCACCGGCGGCCGGCCCAACAUCCCCUCCGUGCCCGGUGCCGAGCACGGUAUCACUAGCGACGGAUUCUUUGAGAUGGAGGACCUUCCCCGAAGAUUGCGGUCGUGGGUGCUGGCUACAUUGCUGUCGAGCUUGCUGGCGUCAUGA